GGCUUUACUGGAGGAUAUGGCACAUGGACUUGGUUCAGUCUGCAGUCCUGUACAGCGUGAUGACCCUCAUCAGUACCUACCUGGUGGCUUUUGCCUAUAAGAAUGUCAAGUUUGUCCUCAAACACAAAGUGGCCCAGAAGAGAGAAGAUGCUGUUUCCAAGGAGGUGACUCGCAAGCUGUCCGAGGCAGACAACAGGAAGAUGUCUCGUAAGGAGAAGGAUGAAAGGAUUCUGUGGAAGAAAAAUGAAGUUGCAGACUACGAAGCAACAACUUUUUCCAUCUUCUACAACAACACUCUCUUUCUGGUCCUGGUCAUCAUCGCUUCCUUUUUUGUGCUGAAGAACUUCAACCCCACGGUAAACUAUAUCCUGUCUAUAAGUGCUUCCUCAGGCCUGAUUGCUCUGCUGUCCACAGGAUCCAAGUAGGCACAAACCCACAGCAACUCCUGCCUGGGAGAGGCUUCAACUGCCAUGAACAUGUUUAAGGAUGGAAUAGGAACAUCAUUU